CUCCCCACGCGAUGCCAGACGUCUCUCCACCACCAGGGGCGGGAUUUGAAUAGCAAGAUGGCGGCCGCAGCGGUAGUCGAGUUUCAGAGGGCUCAGUCCCUCAUCACCACGGACUCCAGCGCCUCCAUCGACAUACUCCACUCGAUAGUGAGGAGAGAUGUCCAGGAGAGUGAUGAAGAAGCCGUCAGGGUUAAAGAACAGAGCAUCCUGGAGCUGGGUACUCUGCUGGCCAAGACGGGACAGGCUGCAGAGCUGGGCGGUCUGCUGAAGUUCGUGCGGCCGUUCCUGAUCUCCAUCAGCAAGGCCAAGGCGGCCCGUCUGGUGCGCUCCCUGCUGGACCUGUUCCUGGACAUGGAGGCGGCCACGGGCCAGGAGGUGGAGCUGUGUCUGGAGUGCAUCGAGUGGGCCAAGACGGAGAAGAGGACCUUCCUCAGACAGGCGCUCGAGGCGCGACUGAUUUCGCUCUACUUUGACACCAAGAAGUACCCGGAGGCCCUUUCUCUCGGCACCCAGCUGCUCCAAGAGCUGAAGAAGAUGGACGACAAAGCUCUGCUGGUGGAGGUCCAGUUGCUGGAGAGCAAGACCUACCACGCUCUCAGCAACCUGCCCAAGGCCCGCGCGGCCCUCACCUCAGCCAGGACCACCGCCAACGGCAUCUACUGCCCCCCCAAGCUCCAGGCAGCUCUGGACAUGCAGUCCGGGAUCAUCCACGCAGCUGAGGAGAAGGACUGGAAGACGGCCUACUCCUACUACUUUGAGGCCUUUGAGGGCUACGACUCCAUCGACAGCCCCCGGGCGGUCACAGCACUGAAAUACAUGCUGCUCUGCAAGAUCGUCCUCAACUCACCAGAGGAGGUGCCUCUGCUGAUCAGUGGCAAGCUGGGCUUACGGCACGCCGGGCGACAGACAGACGCAAUGAAAUGUGUCGCCCAGGCCAGCAAGAACAGAUCAUUAGCGGACUUUGAAAAGGCGCUAACGGAGUACAGAUCAGAGCUGAAGGACGACCCCAUCAUCAGCUCCCACCUGGUGACGCUCUACGACAACCUGCUGGAACAGAACCUCAUCAGGGUCAUCGAGCCCUUCUCCAGAGUACAGAUACUUCACAUAUCAGAAAUCAUCAAACUCUCAACGGGGGAUGUGGAGAGGAAACUGUCACAGAUGAUCCUGGAUAAAAAGUUCCACGGGAUCCUGGAUCAGGGCGAGGGGGUCCUGAUCAUCUUCGACGAGCCGCCGGUGGACAAGACAUACGGAGCCGCCCUGGAGACCAUCCAGAACAUGAGCAAGGUGGUGGACGCGCUCUACAACAAGGCCAAGAAGCUGACAUAGAACAAGCGGUGACCACAGCAGAGAGAUGGAGGAGGUGUGUGUGUGCGUGUGACCCGCGUGUGUAAUAUUUUAAGAAAGGGACUAGGGAGAGCGACAACCGUCCCCCAAACUGCAUCAAACCGGAUUCCCAGUGCCCAAUCGAAAGAUCUCUCCCUCUUCCCGCCCGCCCUCCCACAACGGACAAACUUCAUCAUCAUCUCCUUGUCUCUUUGUUUUUGUUUUUGAUAUCCAUGCAGGAUUCUGUACAACACGCACUGGUCCCAGCAGGCCAUCAGGGAAAACAGUUCAACCACCAAUAAAUGAUUACAAGUUUCAGAAUACAUAUGUUCUAUAAUAUAUAUCGUAUACAGAAGAUUGGGCUUACAAAGCCCUACUUUAACUCCACUGCAACCUCAAGGGUGUGACCUCCGCAACCUGUUUGUAAUGUAAUGUGCAGGCACACGGUUUUCUGUCCUCCUGGUUUAUAUUCUAAAGAGGCACAUUGUUUUUAAGACGUUCAGACACUAGGCAUCCACCGAUUUAAAGUGUUGGUCAAACAGCGCCCUCUAGUGUACUGGGCCCGCCAUAUCAACGCCAACCACCUGCUCCCGCUCCAGAAGCUCAACAACAUAUUCACCCUCUCCCUGAUGUUGCCCUUUCUCUUGUUCUUCGUCUGCUCGUAUAAAUCCGCCCAGUGGAUCCAGCCCUUCCACGGUGGCCACUGAUUUCACCCUUCUGUUUGCCAAUGGUUUUUCAUGUAUAAGUAAGAAAGGCAGAAGUGGAGAUGGUUCAUGGCGACGUCCGACUAACCCCUAAAAUCAGUUCUUCAUUCUUAGUUCCUAGCGCAAGUGGGAUAUGCUAGUAACAAGUCAUUUGUAUGGUUUUCAUUAUUUCAACCCCCAAUCCCCCCUGUCAUUUAUGAAGUCAUUUUUGAAAUAAAUAUUUUGUAUUUUAAGGAUUUUGUCUUGCCUCUUGCAAAAACAAGAUAAGCGUAAUGAAUUUAAUUGGUAUGAGUGACAGGAUAGGCCUACAUAUUUGAGAGGCUGCUAAAAGUUUAAGGGUCAGUAGUAAGUCUCAAUUGAAUGCCCCUUUCAGUGUCUGAACUAUACGUUGCACUGGGUUGACCAUGUGCCUGUAUUUAAUAUCAAUGGGGGGUGGGAAUAAAACAUAGUGGAGGCAAAUAAUCCUCGUGUUAUAGGGUUUGAGAUUUGACCACUGUUUGAAAUUCAAUUAUGAUUCUUUUUCUGCUGUUGCCAAAUGGUGUAAGGCCGCACGACAUUAAAGGGCAUUAAAUGACAGUUAACAAUGA